UAGAAUCUCUACCUAGAGAUACUUUUUGAAUCGCUUUCCUCUCUUUUCCACAAAUUAUACAAAAAAGGGAUAAAGAUAUCAUAGAGUGUAGAAAUUUUUUUUUACUACUGUGGCAGGAUGAGGGGCGCUGUGAGGCCUAGAGCCGAUUCUGUGUAUAAACAUCGUAUUUUCUGGAAUGUGUUUCUAACCUAAAGAACAGUGCUUUAACGCUUAUUCACGCGAUAGUUUGACUAGCUCGAGUUAUUAGUGAAGCUUGUUCUAAAAGCAAAUUGUCAAUGAGCCGAUGACCAUGACGGAAUGGUACCAAGCCAGGAUUUUACGCUUGUGCGAGUUGAACAAUGUCGACGAAAAGAAAGAUAUUUUGAUGGAUAUCAAAAUCAAAUUUAGCAGUCUAAAUAAUCGAGAUGCUGAGCAGGUCGCUCGAUGUUUGGAUUAUAGGCCACUUUACUCACAAUUAACCUCUAGUGACAGAGAAAUUAUAGAACAAAUAUGUGACAUUCUGACCAUUCUGUUUAGUGUGCUAGAACCUGGAGAAAUUUAUCAAAGAUACUCAAUUGAAGUGUCCGCUUUGAUAACUAAUCCAAAUACUAGUGUGAGAUUGCUUGUGCUACGCGAGUUUUUGCGUACAGCUUCACAUACACAAAAGAUAUCUCAACUGCUCACAGAUACCACUCUUCUGAUCUCAAUUAUAAAUAAAAUUGGUGAUAAGGAUUUAACGAUUGCCGAAUAUGCAAUGAGCAUAGUAAAGAAAAUUGGACAUAAUCCAAAUGGUUUACACAUUCUCUAUAAAGGUGAACUUUUGAGAACAUUUGCCAGACUUUUGCAGAAUGUCACUAUUAGCUUUCGUGUUUAUGAAGUUAUUGUGGACAUAGCCAAGACAUCCAGAGAAGCUUUGGAAAUAUCAGCUCAAUCAGGCUUUCUGAACAGUUUAAUCAAUCUAUUAGAAAACGAAGAUAUACUACUUCAGCUAAAUGCCUUGGAAAUAUUGACUCAAUUAGCCAUAUUUGAAGAAGGUCUUAGCUAUCUAGAACAACAAGAAGUGUUGAGUAAAUUAGUUCAAAAAAUAACACAGGCCAAUGAGGAUCCUUUAUCGAAUCUUUUGAUCCCUGGUCUGAUGAAGUUUUUUGGCAAUGUCGCGCGUUAUUGGCCCAAUGAGUUGUUCUCCAGGUAUCCUGUGAUAAUCACCGCGCUGUUUGAAGUGAUAGACAGCGGAGACCAGAAUAUUCUUGGUCCCGCAUUGGAUACCCUGGGAUUCGUGUCUGCAAGCAUUGAGGGCAAGUAUGCAUUGCAAGCUCUUGGGGAUACAAUGGUCGGCGCUCUUAAGAAAAUUGCUGAGAUAGUGCAAAGAAUGCCUACCGAUUUAAGAAUUCGCGGCCUAAAUAACUUAGCCCUUAUACUUGAGGUCAAGCAAGUCAAUCAGGACAACAGAAUUUUGUCUUUGACAAAAUUGUGGUUUGAUUCAUUAUGUGAUGAUCCAUUAAGUAUGAUCGUAGCGAUAUGCAGACAGCCAUUCGCUGAUAUUAGACAGGCCGGUUUGGAGGUGCUGGCGGUUAUCAGCUCUCAAGUUUGGGGGCAAGAGUACAUAUCCGUUUAUCCGGGUUUAAUAGAAUUCCUAUUAGAUAGAAAUAUCGAAUUGUUCAAAGAGUGCAAGGAUGCGAAGUACGAAGUGGUAAAAUGUUUAUCUCAAGCGGAACGAGACGUAUUCGAUGCGGACAUUAUGCAGAAAUUUAAGCAAUUUGUUAAUGAGGGUCCAUACUAUGUUAGUGUUGCGACAGAAGUCGCAAUAGAAGGUGCUUUAUAAAAGGAAGCAAUUUCUUGCAUUAUCAUUCAAUGUCGAUAUUAAAGAUUGUAUGUAACAUACUUAAGCAUUAUUGCAAGAGGCGGAUUAAUAUUUAUUUUUUAAUUUGUUCGCAAGAACAUAUCGGUUACCUUGGAAGAGCUUUCUUCAACUCGAUUGCAUUUAUCAUAAAACUGAUCUUACUAAAAUGCAUACAUUUAUUUCUUUUUCUUUGUGACAAAAUUAAUGGAAUAAUUUCUGUUGACAUUAGAAUUUAUAUAUGAGAAAUGUAUACAUUGUUUUACGUAUAACAGUAUGCGGAGAAGUCUUACGUUGUUACUUAUUUAAAACAGAUUAAACAAAUACAACAUGUACGUAAUAAUGUUUGCAAUAUUUCACUUGUGUUUCGCAUAUCUUUACAAAACUUAUAUAUAUAUAUAACG